AUGCGGCGUCUGUGCUAUGUGGCCUCAUCUACCUCCUCAUCAUCUAGUAACUAUCGCUUAUCUCGUACGUCCGGUCUAAGCAUAAUAUUACGGGCGAGAAACUCUUCUAGGGUGUCUCUGGUCGAGAUACUCAUGGAUAUUCUAAAGGACCCGACUUUGAAAGACGCAGUCUUGGUCGUUGACGCCCUUGACGAGUGCAUUACUGAUCGGCCCUAG